UCUCAGCGGCACAGAUCUCUGCUUCCUCACAACUCACGGACCUAUCUCUGAAUUUAGCUCUUAACGGACUCUAGAAGGAUCUUUGUCCCGGUCUGGAUUACCGCUUGUUGGGACUUUAUUUGGAGCAGCAGCAUCUCCGCUGUGGAUUUUUCUUUCUAUCCUGGAUCUUGUGGAUUAUUUUACUGAGUUCACCAUGACUCUGGAGGAAGUUGUUGGAUCCAACAGCACCGACAAAAAGAUGGAGACGGUGAGUCAGGCUCUGGAGGAGUUGCUGGUCGCGGCUCAGAAGCAGGACGGUCUCACGGUGGGAGUCUACGAGUCCGCCAAACUAAUGAAUGUAGACCCGGACAGUGUGGUCCUGUGCGUCCUCGCCACCGAUGAGGAGGAUGAAGACGACAUCGCGCUGCAGAUCCACUUCACGCUGCUGCAGGCUUUCUGCUGCGACAACGACAUCAACAUCCUGCGGGUGUCCGGCAUGAGGCGGCUGGCUCAGCUGCUGGAGGAGGACACCAAGGACAGCAACGGGAACGAGCCCCGGGACCUGCACUGCAUCCUGGUCACGAACCCUCCGGUGCAGCCGCUGCAGUGCCAGGCCCUGCAGAACAUCAGCAGCUUCUGCGAGGAGAGCCGCUGCAGGAACCAGUGGGUGCCCUGCCUGGAGCUGCAGGACCGCUGAGCCGAGCCGAACCGAGCCAGACCGCUGCAGAGCGGUGAGAAGAGUGGAAACAGUCCAAACUGCCAUCCUCCUGCUAAAGAGGAAUAAGGGCGUUUGAGAGGAGAGACGGACCGGGCCGAACCGAACCGGGGACCCUUCCUGCUACCUGACCGGGUGAUUUUGGCCGGGGGUACCGACGGGUUCUUAAGGCCGAACCCUGCCUCCAGUUAGAGGAGAGGAGGACUCAGGUCCUGGAGCUGCACAGAGGGGACGUUUUCUUAAUGAAAUGUCACGUGACUGAGAGGCAGCAGCUGGAUGUCACGUGACUGAACCGAACAGCUGGAUGAACUGAGGAGCCGCACGUGACGCUCCGGACUACCUGAGCCUGCAGGUGUUGCAGCUGCUCACCUGUCUGCUCACACAUGAACUGAGUGGGGGGGGGGUCACAUGAUGUGUGACGUCACGCUGUAUUAUUUCCUGUUGUUAGUGACGCAGUGGGGUUACACGCUGACGUCACAGCUGGAAAGUUAUUAUAUGUGAUCCACCUGUUUAUAUAAUCGAUCUGAUCAAUAAACUAUUGAAAGAGAAA